AUGGGUGGACAACAUCGUCAAAGUUACGGGCCACAGAUGGGCGAGAGACUAGCACAGGAUCGUCGUGAAUGGCACAAACUACUAGAGGCCUAUAACCCAACAGUGAGUGAAAUCAGGGUAUGGACGAUGAUGAAGAGCACAAAUGUAUUUUCGCUACCUCGUCUCAAAACAGAGUUGAAUAAAGCCAAAAUGGCUUCUAAAAAGAUUGGUGUGCUCAACAGAGCGAAGCGGUGUUUCACAUCGGGGCACCGGCUUUUGCUAUACAAAGCUCAGGUUCGGCCCCAUAUGGAAUACUGCUCGCACCUCUGGGCUGGAGCACCCAAGUAUCAGCUUGAUCCACUUGACUCCAUCCAACGUCGGGCUGUUCGAAUUGUCGACGACCCUAUGCUCACAGACGGUUUAGAGCCCCUUAGUCUGCGGAGAGAUGUUGGCUCUCUAUGUGUGUUCUACCGUCUGUAUAACGGGGAGUGCUCAGACGAACUCUUUGAGUUGGUGCCUCCGUCACUCUUUUACCACUGCACGACCCGCCGAAGGAGAAGACUCCAUCCCCACUUCCUCGAUGCUUGGCACGUCACGACCACUCGAGCAUCUCGUUCGUUCCUUCCCCGAACCAGUAAGAUGUGGAAUGGCCUUCCUCCUGAAGUGUUCCCCUUGCGCUAUAACAUGGAGUUCUUCAAAAGACGUGUAAACAAGGUUCUCCGGAGUCGGCAACGCAUGGGUGAUGCCUCUGGUAUUGCUCGUGUCCAUGGGCGACAAUGA